UCGGCCUGACAGCUAGUGUCCGAUUACGGAAACGCGACAACAGCGCUGCAAUCGCACUAUGGGCGCCGCCAUCUUUGUGUAAACGCACAUGGCGUCGAAGAGUGAACGUUUGUUUUGAUAUAAAAGUGAUCAGUGCUUAGCGCAGUGAUUAGUGCUCUACGAUAGUAGCGUCUGAACAGCUACAAUUACUGUUUUCCUUCAGAUCUUAUUGAGUGAAUGCGAACAUGGGUCUAACGCACGAUUAUCAGCGCUACAUAAGCGGUCCGGUGUUCGGAGCUCUCGCAAGUGCUGAUGCGUGCAUUAAAUUCACGGAGUAUAAGAACACCUUCGGCAGGUAUUACGCCGUUACAGCAUGCGAAGAUGUUCACAUCUGGGACACAAAAACAAAGCAGAAGGCACUGUCACUACGCGGCGUAAAGCAUGAAGCUACUUGCCUUGAGGUCAACCCCGACGGCAGCCAAAUCGCGGUCGGCUACGCUGACGGUGCGGUUCGUGUGUUCGAGACGGACAAUGGUGAAGUCAGCAUUACGUUUCAAGGACACAAAGCUCCUGUGACGUGCUUGGACUUUAGCAGGGGACGUCUCGUGUCAGGUGGCAAGGACGCCGUGAUCAUACUAUGGGAUGUAGUCAGUGAAGCUGGACUGUUUCGAUUGAAGGGACACAAAGGCGUCGUAACUCGAUGUCGUUUCAUGAAAAGCGGGAGUAUUUUAAUAUCCAGUUCCAAAGACACCUUCGUGAAGUUUUGGGACCUGGACACCCAGCACUGUUUCAAGACGCUUGUUGGCCACCGCAGUGAGGUUUGGGACUUUGUCCUGCUUAGAGAUGACCUCUGGCUUGUGACCGGCUGCGCUGACAGUGAGCUGAGAUUCUGGACCAUAACAUCUGUAGCAAAAGAGCCUGCUGAAGUUGAAGAAGCGAAGAAAACAAAAGUUGUUGAAGAAGCUGACGAAAGUGAGGAUGACGAUGGUGAGAAAGGACCAAUCAGUUGCACAAGGUUUGGAAGUGUCGUAAGAGAAGGAAAGGGAAGGGUGUGCACGCUGGUCGUCGAUCCGGCGGAGAGUUUGAUGAUGUGUCAUGGUACGGACUCCUUGAUCGAAGUCUUCAAGCUCAACGAUGAGGAGACAAUCAAGAAGAGGGUGCACAAGAGAGAAAAAAAGGAACGAAAAAAGAAGCUGAAGGAUGUGGCAGAAGAGGACCUCGAAGAUGUUCACCUCGACCCUUCAAUAGCAGACAUCGUAGAACGCUUGCAGUCCUUCAGGUCCGCAGGCAAACCCUGCUCUGUCGAUGUCCACGCGACACGCAGCGGUCUCGCAAAAGCCGUAGUCGCUCAGAAGAAUAAUGCAGUUGACCUGUACGCGCUGAGUGCGACCGACAAGUCUGCUGCAGCUGCUGUAAUGGAAAGUAUAAGGCACGGAGGUCACCGGACUGAUGUUCGAACACUUACCUUCAGCUCUGACAACACGGCGGUGCUCUCGGCGAGCGGCGAAACUGUGAAAAUCUGGAGCAGGUCGACCCAGCAGUGUAUCAGGACCAUAGAGUGUGACUAUGCCCUCUGCAGUCUCUUUCUACCCGGAGACAGACACUGUAUCAUCGGAACAAAAACCGGAAAGCUGCAGCUGUUCGACAUUGCAGCUGGGUCUCUCCUCGACGACAUUGAGGCUCACGAAGGUCCGGUUUGGUCCAUUUGUAGUUACACGGACCAGAGAGGGAUUGUGUCUGGAAGUGGAGCUAAGGAAGUGAAAUUUUGGGACUACGACGUUGUGGAUCGAGAGGGCGCCAAGAUUGUGACUCUCGUGCACGCUCGCACCCUGAAGUUGACGGAGGACGUGCUGUGCGUCAAGCUUACUCCCAACGGCAAACUGCUGGCAGUCUCACUGAUGGACAGCACAGUGAAGGUCUUCUUUGUUGACACGCUCAAAUUCUUCCUCUCCAUGUAUGGGCAUAAGUUCCCAGUCCUGUGCAUGGACAUCUCUUUCGACAGCAAGAUCCUCGCUACUGGGUCUGCGGACCGGAACGUCAAGUUAUGGGGCCUCGAUUUCGGCGACUGCCACAAAUCCAUCUUUGCCCACGACGACAGCAUCAUGUGCUUGCAGUUUGUCCCGAAAACGCACCUGUUCUUCACUGGAGGCAAGGACAGGAUGCUGAAACAGUGGGACGCGGAUAAUUUCCAGAAAGUCAUGACGCUCGAAGGACAUCAGGGAGAGAUCUGGGCCCUCUGCGUGAGCCCAAACGGGGUGCACGUCGCGACGGCAUCACACGACAAGUCCAUCCGCCUGUGGCAGAGAUCGGAGGAGCCGCUCAUCCUCGAAGAAGAGCAGGAAAUGGAACGAGAAGCGGAAUUUGAAGCGAACACUCAGCUCGAGGAAUCUGUCAUUCCGCGAGAAGGCGGCAAAGACGAGGUGGCGCUCGCGAGCAAGAAGACGCCGGAGAUGGUUCAAACCGCCGAACGGCUCAUGGAAGCUCUGGACAUUUUUAAGGAAGAGAAAGGGAAGCUCGAAGAAAUUGCCGCCUUGAAAGCAGCGGGACAGCCAACUCCUGUGCACACACCGCACCCGUUGUUCGUGGCGUACGGAACAACUUGUCCGCACAAGUACAUGCUACAGGCUCUGAAAAGGGUGAAAUUCAGUGAACUUGAAGAAACUCUGCUCGUCUUGCCGUUCAGCUACACCACGGACCUGCUUCGAGUCCUCUCCGAGCUCCUCGAACGUGGAUGGGAAGUCGAACUGUGCUGUCGCUCCCUUUUCUUCCUCCUCAAAGUGCACAGUGGGCAAAUCACGACAACCUCCUCGAUGGUCGGCUUGAUCGACAAGCUGCGGAGGACAACGCUGGAGGAAGUAAACCGCCUACGCGAUACUGUCGGGUUCAACUUGGCUGGCUUGCGUGUGAUGCAAACAGAAGUCGACGCGCGCGAAGACGUGGCAUUAUUUAUGGACGCGACAAAUGCUUUUAAGGAGAAGAGGAAAAAGAGACAGAAAAAAGAACGAGCUAUUCUGUCACUUGUUUAGAUUAUGCAGCAGUAAACUGUCCCUUUUUUAUUGCCGUUGUUGACAUUUUCUGCAUUCUAGCUAACUUUUUCAGUAUUAUUACAAAGUCACAUUGAAGUUGGUAUACUCAGGAAUUCUUUCCUGAAACCUUUCUUGGCGUGAAAAUGCUUAGAAGACCAUAACGUCGAUCCUAGCAUUCCGGCCCACAACAAGUGACUCACCAUGACAGCAGCUCUGUGGUGCAGAUUUAUUUACAGUGAUGACUCGUCAGUGGUGUUUACGAUGAACUGGGCAAGCCAAAUAAUUUAACGGUCCCUGCAUCUUGGUCACGUUCGACUUUGUCGUCGCAGGCGAAGGCUAGCAGGUGUCUCUUUGGAUGCCAAGCGAUAGUGAAUGUUGGGGAUUCACAUGGCACCUCGAAAAUUUUAUCACCUGCAAAAAAAAUUAUGGAAUGUGGAGAUGUUUUCAAAAAUAUAGAAAUGUUUUUGUUUUUACCUGUUUUCAAAAAUAGAAAUGUGUUUUUGUUUUUACCUGUCUCAACAUCCGCAAUGUCAAUUAAAAGGUCUUCCGAAGCAGA